AAACAAGAAGAUGCAAACGAAAUGCAGCUUUACAAAUCCGUCCACGUGGCAUAACGUGUUUUUAUUACGUGUUUUAAUACUUGUCAAUUUUACCUAAGCAGCUUAAAGACAAACACUAGAGAAUAAACACAAUUACAUUGGUUGAGUAUUGUAUUCACUUUUGCUGCAGAAAUAAACACUAGAAAACCCACUGAUGAAUGGAGAACAUAUAGAGUGUGCCAGCCAGGCAAUCACCCAGCUCAAUCUAAGCACUGAUUCCGGUUUCUAUACGGAUUGGAAGUACGAGUACCAGCUGGACACGGAGCAAGCUAUCUUGAACACCCACCCAACGGAUACCAUCAUGCCGUCAGUAACGCGAAUGAUCUCUAGUUUAUGCGCACUCUACAAACUACCACACAACAUUGAAUUUUCUUCCAUCGAUACGUUGGAACGUUUGUUAUCCAAGAUCAUGGACAAUAUGGCCGGAACUGCUGCGAAGUGCUUCAUCCAACAAAUGCCACUGUAUGUUUUCACUGUACUAAACCUCGUUAGCAAGUUUUUUGAUGCUCACAUCAAACUCGAUCGUCUUCGUAUGAAGCAGAUGUUCGAAAAAUUCUCACCGCAGCUGCUCUGGUCGGAGGACGGAAUGUUGGAGUUAGAGUUCGAAGUGCUAAAAACUCUAAACUACAAGAUCAGCCAUUCACUUCUUCUGGGCGCGGUUGAACGAUUUUCGAAGGAAUUCUUAUUAACACUCGGAGUGGCCCGGAAGGAGUAUGUUGGCGCCAUAGGGGUCAAACUGCUGCGGGUCGUUUAUGCGCAAAAGUAUCACAUCUAUGACAGUUUGAAACCGAACAUGAAAUGUGAAGACAUGUUCGUGCGAUUCAAGUCCAACAAGUUAAUUUUAGCAGCUGCCACAGUAACCGCAAUUUUGACGUUUUGUGGCACUAAUCAGAAGCGAGUAGUUGAUCAAAUCGUCGAGCAGCUGUCAAAUGAAUGCUUUGUGGAACCGAACAAUAUCAUGUACUUACGAGACGCUAUUCUCAACGUGUUCAAUUAACCUUCCUGGCUGUUCUGGUUGACUGGCGUUUAGUGAACAAGCAGCUCAGUAGCUUACCAGAGGCUUACAAGCGCGAAGCUCUUUUUCCUACAUGAAAUAGCAAAUUUGAAACUAGGCUUAGCAAUAAUGAACCUUUAAGCUGUCCAUUCUUUAAGUACUGCUGUAUGAUUCUGAACAAAUAUAAUUUGUAAGUCGUGAGAGCCAGUUUUUUUGGUUUUAAAACACAUUGGAAAAUUGAUCGUAUAUUCGUUCUACGAGUUCAACACUUAGUUUAUCGAUCAAUACAACUAAUAGUUUCUAAUGCUGGAAUAAAUGCGCAGAAACUGAGAUAAAUACAGACACGAUUGCCUUACGAAAUUGACAGUUUAAUGUUUAUGCAUCGCGCAGCGUGUUGAAGUAAUACACGAAUAACAUAUAAAACUGCGCAGCAUCAAUCUUCUGAUUUCGCUGACAUCCAAAGAAAUGGGCGGCAACGAAAUCAGCUCUUAUUAUAGC